CAUGCGUUACAUAUUUUGACAGCGAUGGCGGACUGCUAACCAAACAGUGCAUGAUAAAACUAAACAUUGCUUGAAAAUAACCUGUAUUUAAAAGACAGAAGAAGACUACAAUAUUAAGCAAAAUGCCAAAAUUGAAGCCAAGCACUAGUGCUGAGUGUGUGAAGGUUGUGGUUAGGUGUCGACCUCUAGAUGAAAAGGAGAUAAGAGAUGGACAUGAGAGAAUUGUGGAUAUUGAUGUUAACAAAGGGUGUAUUACCAUACAUAAUCCAAAAGGUUCCAACACUGAACCCCCUCGGAACUUUACAUUUGAUGCUGUUUAUGACUGGAAUUCCAAACAGAGAGAUUUAUACGAUGAGACAUUCCGAGAUCUUGUUCAGUCAGUUAUUGAGGGAUUUAAUGGGACGAUCUUUGCUUAUGGACAAACAGGCACAGGAAAAACGUUCACAAUGCAAGGUCCCAAGAAUGACCCAGAAUUACGAGGUGUGAUACCCAACUCUUUUGAGCACAUAUUUCAACACAUUGCCAGGACAGAGAAUCAACAGUACCUCAUUCGAGCCUCGUAUCUGGAGAUUUACCAAGAAGAGAUCAGAGAUUUGCUAGCCAAGGACCACACAAAACGCCUGGAACUCAAGGAGAGGCCAGACACAGGGGUAUAUGUGAAGGACUUGUCCUCAUUUGUGACCAAGAGUGUGAAAGAAAUAGAGCAUGUUAUGAAUGUAGGAAACCAGAACCGAGCUGUUGGGGCCACUGACAUGAAUGAACACAGUUCUCGCUCACACGCUAUCUUUAUCAUCACCAUCGAGUGCAGCACGGAGGAUGAUGAAGGAGAGAAUCAUAUUCGUGUUGGACGACUGAAUUUAGUUGAUCUUGCAGGAAGUGAAAGACAGUCUAAAACCGGAGCAACAGGAACUCGUCUAAAGGAAGCUACCAAGAUCAACCUUUCACUGUCCGCUUUAUGCAAUGUCAUCUCAGCCCUAGUGGAUGGUAAAAGUACCCACAUUCCAUACCGAGACGCCAAGCUGACUCGGCUUCUACAAGAUUCCUUGGGCGGAAAUGCUAAAACUGUUAUGGUGGCCAACAUAGGCCCAGCUAGCUAUAAUUAUGAUGAGUCCCUUAGUACUUUAAGAUAUGCAAAUCGAGCGAAAGCCAUUAAGAACAAGCCAAAGAUUAAUGAGGAUCCUAAAGAUGCUCUGCUACGUGAAUUCCAGGAGGAGAUCGCAAGGCUAAAGGCUCACUUACAAAAGAAAGGUGGUCCCAAGAAAUCCAAGGGAGGUAAAAAGAAGCGACGACAUCGACAGACAGCUGAUGGGGAGAUAAUCAGCGAAUCUGAGGAUGAGUCUGGGGAUGAUGAUGAAGAAGGAGACGUAAACGAUGAAGAGGCGUACAUGAAUGAACAGCAGCAGAAGCUGGAGCAACAGAAGGAGGCCAUUCUGAGCAACCAGUCCAUGCUGCAGGAGGAGAAGGAUCGCUUGUUAGAAGAAGUUCGUGACAGAGAAAACAAACUUCAGAGUGAAAAAGAAGCAAAGGAAGCUCUUGCAUCCAAAAUCAAGGCAAUGGAAAGCAAACUGUUGGUUGGAGGAAAAAACAUUGUUGACCACACUAAUGAACAACAGAGAGCGCUAGAACAGAGACGAAGGGAGAUCUCGGACCAAAAGAGAAGAGAAAGAGAGAUUCAACAGAAGUUAGAGGAGAAGGAAGAAAAAGCUGUUGAAAUGGAGGAAGGGUUUCAGUCCCUGCAACAAGAAGUUGAUAUCAAAACCAAGAAGUUAAAAAAGUUGUUUGCAAAAUUACAAGCCACAAAGCAAGAGAUAGCAGAUAUACAGGAAGAGCACUCUAAGGAGAGACAAGAACUCGAGCAAACUCAGAUGGAGCUAACCAGGGACCUCAAACUCAAGAUGCUGAUUAUUGAAAAUUUCAUCCCACCAGAGGAGAAAGUAAAGCUGCAGAACCGCGCCCGGUACAACGAGGAUGAAGACCAGUGGGAACUGAUACCUCUCGCUAACAAAAGUGCUCAGACAAUGGCCAAGCGUCCUGUGUCGGCCCUAGGUAACAAGCGCCCAGUGUCCGAAUAUGCCAGAGUGGCAGGAGCAAUGGGAGGUCACCCAAGGUUCAAGGGAGAGAACAUCAUCUUGAUUGACCUUGACAUGCCAAAUCGCACAACCAGAGAUUAUGAUGGUCCGCAGGUGGCACCUAAAAUCCAGGCGGCUCUUGAUGCAGCCCUGAUGGAUGAAGAGGAUAUUGAUAUAGAGGGAGGAACACCAUCUGUAUUCAGUAAUAAAAAGUCAAAGAAAAGAGAGUCAAGAAUUGCAAAGUUAAAGCAAGGGAAGAGAGAACAGACCCAGAUGUACCCCUCUGCCCGAGGUCUCGUAUCCAAGUGACCUGAUGACCUGUGAAAUUUGACCUACACGUCUUUCUUUUCCUUUAACUCUUGCAAACAGCUGUCUCCAACCGUAGUGAAACAGGACCAGCACUCUGAUUGUGAAUGACCUUGGAGCGGAAACCCUGUCAUUAGCAGCAGGCUAUGUUUAUUGACUUUUGUAAUCCCUGGGAUGUCUUAUCAAUUCUAUACAUGCAAGGGAUCAACUUUGUAAACAAGGCAUUUAUUUAUUUUCAUGCAUGCCACAAUUGAUUAUUUAUUGAACUAUGGAACAUUUGAUUCAUUGCAAUUUAUUGUCAACCAGCAGAAUGGAAGGUUCCAGAACUUGUAUUGUGGUCAGGUAUGGUUGUGUCUGACGUUGUACAAAAUCAAUGGCUUGAGGGCAGCUCAUUCUGUGAUAUUGAAAAGCUUGUGUUUAUUUUGUUGAAUCAGUGGCCAUGGCAUCAGUGCUACUAGAGUCCUCUGUAAUUGUUCUCACAGUCACCAUGGCAUCAGUGCUACUAGAGUCCUCUGUAAUUGUUCUCACAGUCGCCAUGGGAUCAGUGCUACUAGAGUCCUCUGUAAUUGUUCUCACUUUGAUGUAUAUCUGUUGGUCCUGUAUUUAGAUAUUUAUAAUUGUUUACUGUAGGGAGCUCUUUUUUUUUUUUUUUAGACUUAUCAGUAUUCCUGUUACAUUACGAUGCCGUCCAAAGCUUUUUACUUAGUUUACUUUUGUCUUUACAUUGAUUCAGAUUUGAUUGUCUUUGUGUGUGAUAUUUUAGCCAUGAUCUGAGGCCCCUAAAUUUCUCAUUGAGAAUGACCUCUUUCGUUAUUGUAAAUACAAGCUGUAUUAAUUUUAUGCUGAAAAAAUGACUUUUCUAAGACGUGUAUUUGAAUCUAACUGGUUUUAAAAAGCCUUCACUGUAGAGAUGAUGGACGUUUCUGUUAUGAUCUUUACCUUUCUGUGUUUACAUGAGCUUGUCUUAAAGGAUCUCUUAAGACAUGGUUUUGGUUUGAAUUUUUCUUUUAAUGUCAAACAGUUAAUAUAUGUGAAAACGUUCUUCCAUAUUUAAAAAAAAGUCUUUGCUGUUUUUUGGUUUUUACGUUAUAUUUUGAGAUACGUGAUGUAUUGCAUGAUCAUUAUUACAUGUACCUGUAAAAGUAUAUAUAAAUGAAUUGCUAGACUUUACUUACAUAAUUCUAAGUAAACAUUGUACAUCCGAGGAAACUCUAUGUGAAAAGAUUGUAUGUAGGGUAGUUCUGUUUCGUAAGUUAUUUUCCAAGAGAAGGGGAAAUUGCCAAGUACUGAGGCAAUCUCUGAAAUGGCUUUUAAACAGGGUUCUUGAACAAUAAAUCAAUGCUGGUUGUGAACAUUAACUAAUAAAUCCAUUUGAUGAAUUGUA